AUGGCGUCGGCUCAAGAUGAUGAUAUGUAUCUGUUCCAGGCUGGCAUCGACCAGACCCCAGCAUUUGCUGGUCAAGACUUCGACGCAUUUCUCGAAACUCCAGCCCCCGAACUUGACCGGUCGGCGUCGCCUCCCGCCUUCCUCAACCCCAAUGACUUAACCAUAAAACGAGAGGCGGAUUCUUUCAGCCCGCUUCCUCACAACGAUGCGUUUGCACGUGCAUCUAGAGGGUCCGCUUCAGGAUCCAGCAGCUCAUCUUCGGAAGACCCUGCGGACCGCACACGCCAGAUGUCCGCUCCGUCGACAGCCUCACCACCGGCACACGACACAAUACAAGGCACCUGGGGAAGCGGGAUAAAUGGAUUUUCAAUAUCAUCAGAUGAGCCCCUAUUUGAGGACACCACAAUGGCCGGCCUGGAUCAAGACUUUGAGGCCAGUAAUCAGCAAAUGGCUUCCGAUUUCGACUUUGAUACGGCCGCCAGCACACCCAGCGGGUUUGACCAGAUGAAUAAAGGCAAUCAGAUCAAAAAUCCGCUGGUCAACCAGCCCUUCACCCGACCUGUUGAUCUCUCCCGAUUUGGGAAGCAGCCUCCGACGGCGCAACUACCGAAUGGGCAGCCUCAGUUCUUCUUUGCCGGCUCCAGAGAGGCAUCUCCUUUGAAUGCGAUGCUUCCCACUGCACAAGGCCAGUCCCCAUGGAGCAAACACUCUCCAUCAUCUGGCUUGGAGGAAACCUUCAACCACAUUACCAUGAAUGGAGACUCACCGGGGAACGCGACAUUCUCACCUAAUCUCAAUUUUUCGACGGCUGGGUUUAGCUUUGAUGCGGACUCCAGUACGACACCGUCCACUUUCACCAAAGACAUCUCCUCUCCGCCAUCCACAGUUAAUUCCGCCGAGGGGUCACCGACCCUGACAGUGCAUCCAACCUCACUCAAAUCUCGUGUCGAGACUCAGAUCCCGAUCAAGAUGACCCUUUCAUCACUCCCCCCCGGUGCCAAGAAAUUGAGGCUUCCAAGACACACAGUUUCCAAGCCCAAGUUCCUUGCCAAGCCAGAGGUUCCGCGAUCCCCAGAGAUUUUGGAGCUUCACACGUCUUUGGUGUGUACCAGUGCUAUGCAAGAUAGGGUGAAAUUGCAACGGGCAUUGGCACGUGCUAGAGGCGAAGAACAGGCCUCCCAUACUCGGUCGAGCCCUGCCUCCACUGAGUCAAGCACCUCCAGAGAUGACGAGGACAAGCCCUUGAAUGGUGGUGAGGUUCGCAUCUGUGCUGGGUGUAUACAACGAGAGAGGAAAAGGGCCUCGAGGAAGAAGCAGAAGAAGCCCGAGGAGGAAGAGCUUUUCCAGAGAGAUGAAGAAAGAAGAGUGGUCGUCUUCAACACCAACGAAGUCAAAGAUUGGGCAGAAGCUCCCCAUGAGCCCAAAGACACGCAAAAUGCGUUUUCUCCAGGAGCGGUACAAGUGGAGCUACCGAUGCGGAUAGCCUGCUAUUGUCGGCAUCAAAAUGAGAAGAUGGGUUUCCAAGUGAUCUUCACAAUUAAGGACUGUCGAGACAAAGUCAUCGCUCAGGCCAUGACCAACCCGAUCAUGAUCACAGAUGACCACAAAACUCAUAAUCCACCAGCAGCGAUCCCGAAUCAGCCGCCACCUUUGCCAGCCCCAGGACCACAGUUACCAGGAGCGGGUGUCUUCUCGAGCACUGAUCAGGAGAUACAGCUUCAGGCCCCGGCAGUCAAUCCAAAAAUGUCUAGGCAGGCCUAUUCCAUGACCGAUUUGCAUGCAUUGCAGCAGACAUUCACUCCCAACUUCCCCAUGGCUCCGGCAAACACUCCAUAUGCCAUCCCGUCCUCAAGUCAGGCGGUGGUCAAUUUUACACCACGAAAUCUCUCCAGACCGGCCUCUCCGAGCGGCCCAUCAGGUCCAACUACGAAGAGAAGGAAGCAGAGCGGCUCCGGAAAGCUGCCAUCUGGCUUGACAAUGACUCGCCUCGACACGUCUCAAGCGCUACCUGGGCCUUCUACCAUGCCUAAUACGGCCGCGUCGUCGCCGUACGCUCCAAAUAUGACAUCGUUCAUUGGACCAAACGAUCGCCCGUUUGCGAUGCCUCCGGCUGCCCGCCCUGCUCCAUAUAGUAACAGUCCUCCAACACCGAAUGGGGUUGAUCCUUCUUUCGCUGCCAACAUCAACCGCUCUAUCAGCCACGAAAACCUUUCGCGGCAAAUAAUGAUAUCAGCACCGCCAUCGCGUCAGCCGAGCAGGCCUGGUAGUCCCGGUUCUGCAAGGAACAGCUUCGGAGCAUCCGACGCUGCCUUUGGCCAAGCGGUCAACAAUCAACUAAUGGGACAACCUACCCGACGGCCGCCGCCGCUGAUACACAAACUAGUCCCCGCUGAAGGCUCUGUAACCGGAGGCACCGAAGUCACGUUGCUAGGCAAUGGCUUCUAUCAGGGUCUCGAAGUCAUGUUCGGCGACACUGAGGCGACCACCACGACAUUCUGGGGAGAAAAAUGCUUGAACUGCAUCGCCCCCCCAGCUUUGCAGCCAGGCGUUGUGCCUGUUGUAUUCAAGCACGAUCACCCACAAUAUUCGUCAAUGCCACAACAAUCUCAGACCCGACCGUCUCUCUUCACGUAUGUGGAUGAUAGAGAAUUGGAGAUGUUCCGCCUCGCGCUCCGCACCCUUGGCAAGCAGCUACAGCAUCCCACUGAUGAUCCAUACUCGGCCGCCCAGCAGCUUCUGCAAGGGCAAUCCCAUUCUAUGUGGCUCGGACAUGGCAACUACGGGCUAGGUGGGGGACAUCAGCGCGUACAUAGGCACAUUGCUGGAGCCCCGAUGGACACGCUCGAGUUAGAAGCCAUGAUGCUGCAAGUGCUGGAGGUAAUGGACUCCCAAAGGCUUUUCAGAGCCCCAAGGUUUGAUUUACGCCGUCCAUCCGGCCUCACGUUGCUGCAUUUGGCAGCUUCACUGGGCCUCACACGAUUCGUCGCAGGACUACUUGCGAGAGGAGCAGAUCCCAAUGUGGCCGACAACAACGGCCACACACCUAUGCAUCAUGCUGCAAUGAACGGUCACACGCAUGUGAUACACCGGCUUCGCUUGACGGGGGCCAACCACAAAGCCCGCAGCAUCCGCCAAUUUACGCCGGCUGACCUUGCAACGUCUUUGCUCGCCUACCAGGCCACAAUAUCGCCCAUGGAGCACUAUCGGUCACGGAGUGCUGGAGGAACGCCGAUGCGACUACACAGCCGAAGCUCUUCCUCUCUUCGCUCCUUCUGGGAGAACGCAUCGAAUCACUACGCCACCACUGACACGGACGACUCGGACGAUUCGGACGAUUUUGAUGACGAGACGCCCACCAGAAUCAGUUCCGAAGAACCGGAUCUCCCGCAGGCUCUCGCGCAGGGUAACCGCAUGCAAAUGGUCAGCGUUCCUCCGUCGCGAAGGGGGAGCGUGCCACCCACGAUGUCUCAAGCAUCGGGUUUCACCCCGGAGGAUAUCCCGGAUACCGCACCCGCCGUGGCGCCAGCAGCGUUCAUGCUAGCCUGGCGAGAUCACCUGGUAGCCCAACUACAACAGUUCAACGAGAACGCACAGUCGGUGAUGCCAAGUCUCGCCAACCUCAAUGGACCUCUUGCCGCCAUCCAGGAGUAUCAGGCAUACCCGAUGAUGCGCCGUGUAAGCGCUCUUUUCCCUCAGCGGUCAAGUUCGCGACAACCACAACCCGGUCAGCGUGAGGGCUGGUGGGAGAGUCUGACGGGCCGAUCAUCACCCCCUGCUCCAUCUUCGCCUCCCGCCUAUAGCGAAUUGUAUCCUGAAGAGAAGGAAGGUACGGUUGAGGAUUGGAGCAUCAAAAAGACUUCUACUCUGCGAGCCGUAGCCGACGCAGCGGCGGAUCUUCAGUUUGAGCAGCAGACGGCCAGCAAGAACGCCGAAGGCAGCUCCACAGCCCAGACCGCUGCUGUCCUGAGGAGAAAGCCGAUUGAGAAAGUCGAGCUGAGCCGAGAUCGGAAAUUGUUCUUCUUCUGGAUUCCCUUACUUGCGAUUGUUUUAGCAUUGAUGAUCCGGAACUCUGGCCUCACAGAUAUUUUUGCGUUUUCCAAUAGCCGGACACAAUCUCUUGCCAACCAAGAGGCGGUUGGAGUUUUCUGA